AUGGCGGCGACUGGAUGGGACUGCUUCGACGACAGCAGCGACGACGAGGUCGAGCGCUUCGAUGAAGACGCCUGGGAGCUCACGCCCGAGCGCGUCGGCCGAAUUACGACGGAGCUCCUGCGUACCGUGCCAUCGCGCCGCAAGGCCCACGGCGUCGAGGACGAUGCAUUGCUACUGCCACCGGCAGCGACGCUGGCGCAGGACGCAGCUGCGCUUCGCACGCGCCUCGAAGACGCCGGGUACAUCUUUCCCGACGCUUCGACUACGGACGUGGCCGUCGACUUAGAGGCGCUCACGGCCGAUAUGUCGUACGAGGCGACGCAGGCCGCGCUCACGUCGUUGCACGCCAGGGUGCUGCCAGGCGGCGUCGUCAUCACGCGCGUGCCGCCAAUGCUCUCGGUCGACUUUGUCUCGGAGCACUGGGCGCUUCCCCGCGUCGCGUCGUUAUCGGGGCCGUUUGCCAACGCGGCGACGCGCAUCGUCCCGGGCCCGUGCCUCGUCGCC